AUGAGUGGGGACGGGGCGAGAAAGGCACUUCGGGACUUUUACAAGAUCGAGGAGGAGGCAGAGAUCAACAUUGACACGCACCACGAGCUGUCAUUGAACCAUCUCGACACGCCUGGGCUGGAUCCCAAGCAGUAUGUGUCGGAGCUGUUAGCCUCGAGCUCGCUGGCUGAGCUCGCCAAAACCGCUGCCAAUUUGGAGCACGAGAUCAAUGCGCUGGACAGCGAGCAAAAAUCGCUUGUGUACAAUAACUACAAAAAGCUCAUACAUGCUUCAGAAACACUGAACUACAUUGCUGGCAAUGGACCACGGCAGGGACUGGAGAACUUGGUGCCCUUAUUUGACGAGAUUGCCCAGCAGAUCAGCAAGGAUCGCCCACAGCCGCCCAUUACAGAUUUCGCUGCCAAGUACGACGAGUACACAAAAAAAUACGGCCCUUUAGCCGCCAGCAGCCAGCCAAGCCCGUAG